AUGAGUUCUCCUCCUCGCGGCCAGUCAGAAUCAUCGGCAUCACAACAAACUCCAAUCUAUGCACCGGCUGCAGACGAUGAUUGGGAAGACGAUGACGACAUGGACUUCGAGGACGACGAUGGCACCGAAUAUGCAACUGGGGACGAGAUCUACUUUGCUGGCUCAGACGACAUAGAGGAGACCGAGUUCUAUGGUAUGAAUCCCUCUGGCAGCCCAGAACUUGAGGGUUGUGGCAAAAGCUAA